AUGUCUGCUCAAAGUCCAGUUGUGGAUACACAGUCCAAUCGUGGAUUCUUUGCCAACAUUGAAGAAUACGUUCGGGUGAUGGGAGGAAAUAAACCAAUUAAGAAGAUCCUGAUAGCCAACAACGGUAUUGCAGCUGUUAAAGGAAUUCGUUCAAUGAGAAAGUGGUGCAACGAAGUUUUUGGCAGAGCCGAUGACAUUAAAUUUGUAGUAAUGGCAACUCCUGAAGACAUUCAGGCCAAUGCAGAGUAUGUCAGAUUAGCUGACGAGUUGGUGAAAGUUCCUGGUGAAUCCAAUUUCAACAAUUACAGCAAUGUCAAAUUAAUUGUAGACAUUGCCGAACAAUACAUGUGUGAUGCUGUUUGGCCUGGCUGGGGUCACGCGAGUGAAAAUCCAGAAUUACCUUUCUCUCUUUCUCAAACUAAACGAAAAAUCUCUUUCAUUGGUCCUGACGCAUUGCCAAUGGAAGCUCUCGGAGACAAGAUUUCUUCCACAAUUUUGGCUCAAGCUGCUGGAGUUCCUUGCAUUCCUUGGUCUGGAAGUCAUGUUUCCUAUGACAUCGCUAAAGAUGGUUUGCCAAUUCCUGAAGAUAUCUAUUUGGAGUGUUGCAUCACUUCAGAGAACGAAGCACUCGAAUGUGCUCAUAAGAUUGGUUAUCCAAUCAUGAUUAAAGCAUCGGAAGGAGGUGGUGGUAAAGGUAUUAGAAAAGUUACUAAUGAUACCGAAUUGAAGUUAGGAUUUCAACAAGUCAAAAUUGAGGUUCCAGGUUCUCCUAUUUUCCUCAUGAAACUUUCGAGUGAAUCUCGACACUUGGAAGUUCAAGUAGUAGCAGACAAACACGGAAAUGCAAUUGCCCUCUACUCGAGAGAUUGUUCUGUCCAAAGAAGACAUCAAAAGAUUAUCGAAGAAGGUCCAGUAACAAUUGCUCCAAAACACGUUGUUGAUACUAUGGAGGCUGCUGCUGUCACACUUGCAAAAAGUGUAAACUAUAGCGGCGCUGGUACAGUGGAAUACUUGUAUGAGCCAACUACUCAACAAGUCUACUUUUUAGAGUUGAAUCCUAGAUUGCAAGUUGAGCAUCCAGUCACUGAAUGGAUUACUCUCACAAAUAUUCCUUCAAUUCAGCUUCAAAUUGCUAUGGGUAUUCCUUUAUACAACAUGGCAGACAUCAGAAGAUUCUUUGGAGUUCAAUUGGAGGAAUUAUAUUCUCCAUCCGUUAACAUUGAUGUGAAUGACGCCAGUAAGAGACGACCACCAGUCGGACACACUAUUGCUUGUCGUAUUACUGCUGAAAAUCCAGAAAGCGGAUUCCAACCAACUUGUGGUGGCGUGGUUGAAUUAAACUUUAGAACAGCACCUAAUGUAUGGGGAUAUUUUUCAAUUCGUUCUCAAGGCGCUGUUCAUGCAUUUUCCGAUUCCCAGUUUGGUCAUAUUUUCACUCAUGGAUCCACUAGAGAAGAGGCAAGAAAAUCUAUGUUGUUGGCACUCUCUGAACUUGCUAUUAGAGGAGAGAUUAGAACCACUGCCGAAUAUUUACAAUCACUCCUAAAAUUUGAUGAUUACAUUGACAAUAGAUACACUACAGCUUGGCUUGAUGGACUUAUUGCACGUAAAAUUAAACUGGAAAAACCAGAUACGUUUUUGGUUGUCACUUGUGGCGCUUUGCACACACUUCACAGAAUGGUAUCUGAAAGAGCAAAGAAUUGGAUUUUGGCAGUAGAGAGAGGCCAAGUUCCAUCAUUUGAUUGUGUAGAUGUUCAUUAUUCUAUUGAGCUGAUUUAUGAAAACGUUAAAUAUCAAGUUGAUGGAGUUAGGAGCGGUCCUAAUAAGUACACUUUGGCUUUGAAUGGCUCAACCAGAGAAGCAGAAUUUUCAGAAUUAAGAGACAGUGGUUUGUUAAUUAUCAUUGACAACGAAAGCCAUGUUUCUUAUGCAACUGAGGAGCCAUCUGGCCUCAGAGUUUUGGUUGACGGAAAGGUUUGCAUGUUCACCAAGGAAUUUGAUCCUUCUCAAUUAAGAUCAACAUUGAGUGGUAAAUUUAUAAGAUAUCUUGUUGAAAAUGGUGCUCAUGUCAAGCCAAAUACACCAGUCGCAGAAUUGGAAGUUAUGAAAAUGAUUGUUACUGUGUAUGCUCCAUUGCCUGGUAAAGUCAAUCACUGCUUGGUAGAUGGUACAGGAGUAAAUCAAGGAGACAUCAUUGCCAUGAUUGACCUCGAUGACAAGUCCCAAGUUAAGCGAUCACUUCCAUUUGAAGGACAAUUCCCACCAUCUAGCUCUUCUAGUACCACUGCUAGAGUACCACCAAAUAGAGUUGUAACUUCUGCAUUGGAAGUAAUUGAGAAUCUGUUAGCAGGUUACGAUUAUCCAUCAUUUAUUUUCAAUGACAAGUUGAGUCAGGCUGUUACUUCUUUGAAAAAACUUGGAGAUAGAAAUGUUCUCAUUCACGUACUGAUUGAGAAGAUUUCAGUUUUAAGAAAAUUUUUGCCAAUUUCCUUGAUUAAGGAUGUUAACAACGUCUUGCUCAAGAGAAAGGAGCAAUAUGAUGAAUAUUGUUGUCAAGACAACGAUGAUCACACACAUGAUGUCUACAACGAAGAUUUAAUCAAGGAACUGGUUACUCUCUUCAAGAAUUUUGAGAAUGGACUUGAAGGAGGAAAGAAGGACGAAUUUUUGCAGGCUGCCAAACCAGUUUAUGAAAUUUUUGACCUUUUCAACUCUGGAUACAAACAACAUGCUUAUAACGUUCUUUCAAAGCUUUUGGAAACUUAUUUGGAAACUGAAAAAGGUUUUGAUACUAAAGGAGGAAAGAGAAAGGAAGCUGUAUGGUUCGAUUUAAGAGAAAAGCACAGCGACAAUCUCACCAAGACAUAUCAAAUUGGACUUUCACACUGCAGACUUAGAAGUAAGAACAAAGUCAUUCGUUCUCUUUUGGAAGUUAUUGAAGAUCUCGACAUGGUUAAAGAGUUUACUCCAACUCUCGAUGAACUUGCAGCAUUUGUUGCUCCUGAAUACAGCGAUGUUGCAGUUGCAGCUAAGCACAUCUUAACAACAAGCAGAUUGCCUUCUAAGAAGAGAAUGAAGGAUGAAAUGGAAGGAUACCUUAAAGAUGGCCUUGAAGCAACUGACCAACAACAAAAGUUAGCUUGCUUGAAAGAGUUGAUUGUUAAGUCUAACUACAGCUUUGAUAUCCUUCUCGAGUUCUUCUCUGAUCCAAAUGAAAAAAUUGCUGAUUUGGCUGCAGAAGUUUACAUUAGAAAAGCAUACUGUACGUUUGAUAUCAAUAUCGUGAAGUCUGCAUCCCACGGAAAAUACAAGACUGUAGAAUUCAACUUUAUGAAUACUGAGAAAUCAACUAACUCUGGAUCCUUAAAGUCUGAUGGUAUUGUUGGAUCCAUUUCUAUGGAUUCCUUGAACACACUUUCUGAAACUGAAGAUAACCUUGGCUUUGGAGUUAUGAGCAUUUUCGACUCCCUCCAUGAUGUCGAUAAUUAUCUUCCUGAAGUGUUGAAGAUUUUCGAGAAUAAUGAUGAUGCAGACCAUACCAACGUUUUGAAAGUGUUGCUAAAGUGGAAUCAAACAAUUACUCCAAAUGAUACAGAACUCGUUUCAGCUCUUACAACUAUCAUGAAGAAACAUAGCAAGCAACUUGAAUAUAAUGAAAUCAAGAGAGUAACAGUGGUUGUAGAAAUUCAAGGAAGAUUACCAUUCUAUUUUACAUUCAGGCAAAGAAUUAACUACAACGAAGAUCCAAUGUACAGACACAUUGAGCCAACUCUUGCGUUCCAACUUUUCCUCAAGAAACUUUCAAACUAUGACGUCAACCCUUAUCCUUGUAGAGACCCAUCUGUGCACGUUUUCUAUGGUCAAAAGAAGAAGGAACUUGGUUUGAAUAGAUAUGAUUAUUUGAACAAGAGAUUCUUUGUUCGUACUCUUGUUUUACAAGGUGAUAUUUUCACUGAGGAGAAUCCUGAAGAAUUACAAAUUUCAGAACUUGAAAGAUAUGUUGUUGCAUCAAUCAAUGCAUUGGAAAUUGCAAUGGCUGAUAAGAACUAUGCUGCCAGCUAUGCAAAUCAUAUUUUCGUCAACUUUUUACCAGAAGUUGUUGUUAAAGCUGACAUGGUCGGUGAAAUUAUUGAAAGAUUCCAAAAGGUUUAUGGUAAGAGAUUGUGGAAAUUGAGAGUUAGUGAAGUGGAAGUACGAUUUACUGCUAAAUUCUCAAAGACAUCUCAACCUCAAACAUUCAGAUUUAUUGCUCGUGACGAUACAGCUUAUAAUCUCACACUAGAUAUUUAUCGUGAAGAGAAGGAUCAAAAUACAGGUAGAACUGUUUAUAAGACUGUUGUAGGAGAAAAGAAGCCAUUAGAAGGACUUGAUGUAAAUAUUCCACAUCCAAUUCUUCAAACAGUGGACCAAAAGAGAGUUAUUGCUCACAACAAUGAAACAUCAUAUGUUUAUGACUUCCCAUACUUGUUCGAGAGAGCAAUUCAUGGCAUGUGGAAGGAAUACAAUGAGUUAACGCAAGAGCCAAUUCCCUCUGUACUCUUACAAAAGGUUGAGUAUAUCUUGAACAAUGAGACUCGUAAGCUUGUGGAAAAUCCAAACAAGGAUGCUAUUGGUAAAAACACUUGUGGUAUGGUUGUUUGGAAACUUACCAUGUACACACCAGAAUGCAGAGAUGGCAGAGAUAUGAUCCUCAUUGCAAACGAUAUUACGUUCCAAUCGGGAUCAUUCGGUGUCAUUGAAGAUGAAGUAUUCCAAUUGGCAAGCGAGAUGGCAAGAAACUUGAGGAUCCCAAGAUUCUAUAUUGCUGCCAACUCUGGUGCUAGAAUUGGUUUGGCGGAUGAGGUCAGAGAACUCUUCAAAGUUGAAUGGACUGAUCCAAAUGACUGCACUAAGGGGUUCAAAUAUCUUUACCUCACCGAAUUUGAUUAUGAGAAGCUUCAAAAAACUCACUCUGUGAACGCAACAUUGAUUGAAGUUAACGAUGAAAAGAGAUGGAAGAUUAUUGACAUUAUUGGAAAAGAAAAUGGUAUUGGUGUUGAAAACUUGAGAGGAUCAGGUAUGAUUGCUGGUGAAACCUCUCGUGCCUACGAAGAAAUUUUCACAAUGAACUAUAUUGCUGCAAGAAGUGUUGGUAUUGGUGCCUAUGUGAACAGACUCGGUCAAAGAAUCAUUCAGAACAGAAGAGCUCCAAUCUUGCUUACUGGUGCUGGUGCCUUGAACAAAGUUUUAUCUAGAGAAGUUUACACAAGCAACUUGCAAUUGGGAGGUAUUCAAAUCAUGUAUCCAAACGGUGUAUCUCACUUGGUUGCAGCGGAUGACUAUCGUGCCAUUCAACAAGCUAUGAAAUGGUUGCAAUAUGUACCUAAAACCAUUGGAUCUCCUCUCCCAGUGUUGAAGAAUUUAGAUGAUCCAGAACGUGAAAUUGGCUUUGUUCCACUUGAAGGAUCUCACUAUGACUUUAGAGAAAUGUUGGUUGGUAAAUAUCUAGAAAAUAAUGAUGAAAAAUCAUAUUUGAGUGGAUUCUUUGACAAGGACUCGUUCUUUGAAACCCUCGGAGGAUGGGCUAAGAAUAUCAUCGUUGCUCGUGCCAGACUUGGAGGUAUUCCUAUGGGUGUUAUUGCUGUUGAUACAAAGACUUACGAACAAGUGAUUCCAGCAGAUCCAGCCGACAGUAACUCACGAGAACGUGUGGUUCAAAAAUCUGGACAAGUUUGGUAUCCAGACUCUGCAUUCAAGACUGCUCAAGCCAUCAAUGACUUCAAUAAGGGAGAACAAUUGCCACUCAUGAUAUUUGCCAACUGGAGAGGUUUUUCUGGAGGGCAAAGAGACAUGUUUGAUGAAAUUCUCAAGUUUGGUUCCUACAUUGUCGAUGCUUUAACUCAAUACAAACAACCAGUGUUUGUUUAUAUUCCUCCACACGGAGAAUUGAGAGGAGGUGCAUGGGUCGUAGUAGAUCCAAUGAUCAACAAUGAAGUUAUGGAAAUGUUUGCUGAUGAAAAGUCAAAGGGUGGUAUUUUGGAAGCAUCAGGUAUUGUGGAAAUCAAGUACAGAAAACAAGAAAUUGUUGCUACUAUUCAACGUUUGGAUGAAGAAUACAUUAGACUCAGCAGAGAGUUGGGUAGCUCUGAAAUUUCUCUUCAAGAAAAAGACCAAAUUAAAUUGAAGAUGGAAAAGAGAGUUGAACGAUUACUUCCAAUCUAUACUCAAGUUGCUGAAUGCUUUGCUGAUCUACAUGACACUCCAGGAAGAAUGAAGGCUAAGGGUGUUAUCACCGAAGUUGUAUCAUGGAAGAACUCUAGAUCCUACUUUUAUUGGAGAUUAAGAAGAAAGCUUCUUGAAUUCUCAUUGUUGAACCAAUUGAGCGAUUGUGUCACUGAAAACAAGAUCAGUGUCAAGAGACAAAUCUUGAGAGAACAAGUCAUCAACAAUGAACAAUUGUGGAAUAAUGACAAGGAUUUCCUUUCUUGGGUUGAAACUAACAGCCACACUGUUCAGCAAUGCAUUGCUAAAAUCAGACGUGAAAAGGUCAAGCAAGAUGUUGCUACUUUGUGCUCUGGAAAUGCUGAUGCCGUUCUUGAAGGAUUGCUUUCUUAUUUGGAACAUAAUUCUGUGGAUGAAUCUUUGAAAGAAAAGCUUCGAAAGCUUCUCUAA